AUGUACCGUGGCGAAAUAAAUGUGUCCGAAGACCAAAUACCUGCGUUGCUGAAGGUGGCUGAGACGCUAAAAAUCCGCGGCCUGACGGACAAAACCGCGAGGCGGCCGGUUCGCAAGAGACACGGCGCGCUUCUCCCGGGUCGCCGCCGGCAGCUCCUGCCGACCUGUCUGGCUUCCCGCGGCGCCUCGCCCGGAGACGCGCCGCCGCCGCCGCCGAUGCCGCCGCUGCCCACCGACGACGCAGACAUCAGGCCCGGCAUCGCGGAAAUGAUUCGGGAGGAGGAGAGGGCGCGGCUCAUUGAGAACUCUCACGCCUGGUUGGGCCCAUCGACGUCGGCUAUUGCGGACAGCUACCAGUACCAACUCCAGUCGAUGUGGCAGAAAUGCUGGAAUACAAACCAAAACCUCGUGCACAACCUGCGAUUUCGGGAACGCGGCCCGCUAAAGUCUUGGCGGCCGGAGACCAUGGCUGAGGCUAUAUUCUCCGUGUUAAAAGAAGGAUUGUCCCUGUCUCAGGCAGCUCGGAAGUACGACAUCCCCUACCCCACGUUCGUAUUGUAUGCGAAUAGGGUCCAUAACAUGCUGGGACCUAGCGCUGACGGCGGGGCUGAUUUAAGACCAAAAGGACGAGGACGUCCGCAGAGGAUUUUGUUGGGCGUUUGGCCCGACGAACACAUCCGUGGCGUCAUUCGGGCGGUAGUGUUCCGAGACACCCACGCGCCCCAUGCCAACCCGCACCACUUGCGUGAAAUAGACAUGCCGGCCUACCCUGCCAUCACGGAUGGCACGGUAACCAGCAACGCGUAUGCCGGCGUUGGAUGCGGCAAUGGACGCGAGGAACGAGUAUCACCAAACGCAGCUGCCGCAGCUGCCGUGGCCGCUGUGGCGCAUGGCUUGCGCCGCCAAAUGUGCAAUAUGGUCGUUGCAGCGCAGCGCCCCCCAGAUCAGCCCCCACACCUGGGGCUUCCGUCGUUGCCUCUUCAGUCACCAAGAUUGCCAUCACCACUGUCCUCCGGACUGGAGUCUCCGGUUUGCUCACCACUGCCUCCAGGGCAGGCGCUUGAGCCAGCCAAACCUGCGGAUCCAUUCCGCCCGUUCAUUUCCCCUCGGCCCGAAAGUCGUUUUGGCGAUGUCGGUGGCGCAGAGCCCCUGGAAAUGGGGCCACCCAAAACCCCAGUUCCAGCACGCAACGGCCAGCCCGUGCCCCCUAUGGAACUGGAGUCGCCAGCUGAAGAUAUGUGAAGCGAGUUAGCGGGAGCGGCGCCGCCCAGUAUUCCAGGGUUGCCGCCACCGCCGCUGCCCGCUUACCGCUUCUUAGUCCCCAACAGCCACAGCACAAUUAGAUAUUUCUGAACGUUAUCCAGCUAGAUUCUUCGGAUUGGUAUCUGGUGUUGUACAACUUUUCCAUGAUUAAAAAAUAAUUUAAACUAUCCGUCAUACAUGUAUGUAUAUAUCCAAGUUAUAAUAUUUUUUUCCAACAUUAAACAUAAUAAACAUGCCUGAAUAAUUUAAACUUAUCUUAACCAUGCUUCUAAACCAUGUAAUUCUUCUCAUGCGGUUUUACUGUCACUAGAGAUGUAAGUUUUUUUUGUAUAAUCAUCAUCUCGUUAGUCGAAUUUUUAUCCAGACACGACACCGCUUACCAUCAGGUGCAGGCCGGGCCUGUAUAAAAAAUGUCAUAAGUAUAAUUUUAAAAAUAUAUGGUUUCAUAUCAUUUCAACUAUUACAUAAUUUCAUUGUUGUUUUUUUCUGCCGAUAUAUUUAUCGACCUUUCCCAUGAAACUAAUUUGAGUUAGGUCAGUCGUUAUUAAGAGUGCGAACUGUCCCCAAGAAAGAUAUACCAGUAAAGAUAGCCGUGGCUCAUGCUCGGGGCCGUGUUGCAUAACCCAGCAUACACCACACUUUUCUUGUCAAUUACUCCGUGGACCUUCGCUAAUUAUAAAAAUAUAAUUUUGGUUACAGAUUAACUUGAAACUUAUUUGUGUGUGAUAAUAACUGAAGGUUCCUCCUUUCUUAUAAUAACCAAAUAGCCCACACAGUAAAUGAAACAGUAUAUGAUUUGUAGAUUAAUGUUAGUCACAUCGAGUAACUACGAAACGUGGCAUGAGUCUGUUUAAAAUUAAGAAAAACAAAUCCGCACCGCCAAGCAGAGCUGUACAGUAUUCUUUAUAUAGAAUUUCUUUUUGAAUCGCACACUAAUCAUUAGAGACCGGAUUAUAUGCAAUUACAUAAAAUAGCACAUUCUACCCAUUUUCCUCGAAUUUUGCAUUAUACAUUGGUGCAUAUUCUCGUUAUAGGAGGCGAUAUGAUUUUACUUUUUUUCGUUAGUAUGACUAUUUCAAUGAGUAAGCUAAUAUGUUUAUUUUUUAAAUAGCCAUAAAAGUAGCUUAUAAGUUAAUUCAGUCCAUGCGUGUGUUAAAUUUCAUUCAAAUUCGUUUCGUGGUUCCAGCGUUUACUUUUACAAACGUCCACAAUCACUAAGGUAAAUUUUUCUGAUAUGUAAUAUUAUUACCAAGAUAAAUUGAAAAAUAUAUUUUAACCUACAAAUUGUAUGCCGAUUUGACGCUAAAAACUGUAAUACUAAAUUUACAUUUAUUAAUGUUGCCUAUUUUGACGUUUUUCAUAAAUUUUUCGGGCUUUUUAAGUUGCAUAUAAUCCGGUCUCUACUAAUGAUCACGCACAGGACUAGCUCGCGAACAGCGGUGCGUGCAUAAUUAGAAAAUAUGAAUCUUUUCUCAUAAUACGGCUUUCUCAUGAGGCUCGAAAAUAUAUUUUUUCUCAUUAAAUAUUUGAUUGACAUUAAAUUAUGAGUUACUUUAAUAUCUUACUCCCAAUCCGAACUACGCCGUAUGCACUUUAUAUCCGCGUUGGCAAAUAGAUAUUAUAUAGAAUAUACUCUAUACGCAUUUGAAACCUAUGUACUCAUAUAUGCAAAUCCAUUCAGUUAUUUCGUAGAGGUGCACUAUACACAAACCGAAGAACAGACAAAACGAUUUGAAAAUCGCUGAUUUGUGAACUCUUCCUUAGUCAUCCUAUUUAUUUUUCAUUACAUUUCUUCAAUGUACCAACAAACCGAAACUGGGUUCUAGUGUAUUAUUAUUGAUAAACAUAUAUAUUGAUAUUUUGAAUUUCGCGAUUUAUUUAUUACGUAUCUACAUACUUCUUUUAUAUCCAAGUACUUAUAAAUUAAUCAUAAUGAGUUGUGACAACAACAGAUACCGUAUAGAAAUAUCAAGCGAUGUAAUGCAUAAAACCCAAAAAAGAAACAAUAUUAUAAUACUAAUAGUGAAAAUGUGUGACUAAAUGUUAUCAGUGUUAUUUAUAUAAAAAUGUAUAAAAAAAAAAUAAAAAAAAGAUUUUGUUUUUGUUUCAAUCACAUAGUUACAUGUCAACCAAUAGCUGAAUAUCUAUUGUCAUAUUUUAACGUAUACGAGAUUUGUGGCGAAUUAUAUUUUAAUCGAUGUUAUUGUAGUAAAUAAAAAUUGGGUUUUAUGCUAAAUACAUCAAACUACUCGAUUCAAUGACGCCUUGAGAUUGUAAGUUGUCAACUACAAUUUAGUAACAACAUAACAAAACAAUUAUCAACCGUCCACAGCGUUCGUUUAAAAAAGCUAGCGGUGAAUAUAGGACAGUAGAACUGCUGCAAUUGUGUACAAUAAAUUGUGUUCCCAUUUAAGUAAUAAUGGGGAUUACGUGUAUUAUUAUAGUUAGCACUAAAUGAAUACAUACAUUGUCGAGAAGAUGGCCUAUAUCGGUUGCUUUCUAAUUUAUACGUUCGGUUUUUAUCAGCGCAUAAAUUCAUUUGAAGCUUACCUACUGUACGUAUGCGGUAUGACACAAAAAUAUUCUGUUUAGCAAAUGUGUGAGUUUACUUUAAUCUUUCCUUGUGGAGUGUUUGUUGUGGCAUUUUCUCUAACUCAUAACGCUGUUGUCGCAAAUAUUGGGUAUGAUUGUUACUAUCUUGUACAUUGCCAACCUGUACUGAAACAUUGCGCUAUAAUGAAACAUUUAAACAAAUUUACUGAUCGACGAUGCUGUUGUAAGGGGCACGGGACGGACCACCACGAUCCCGCGACGUGUUCAAAUAUUAUUUGCUGUAAUUUGUAAGAAUUUCAAUCGGCAUUAUUUUAAUUAUAAUGCGAACGCUCUGUGCAAUAUUGCGCUUGUUAUCUUAUUAUUUUAUUGAGUUUAAUACAAUUUUUAUAAUGCCGUAUUUGUGUGCGAUCGGUUCGCAUUUAAUUUAUUUUCUCGUUAUUAUACCGGGUGAAUAGUCGAAGAGUUUUUACUACAUCUGUAUACUUAUGUAAUUGAAAAUGUUAAUAUUAAUAUUUUGACAUUGAACGUAUUAAUUAUUGAAUUUUAUAAUGUGUAUUAAACAUUCCAUGAAUUAUUUAUUGAAAUAAUGAAAUUUAAAAUAUAAAUUCUUGCGUAUACUUAUUUGAAAUAAACUUUUGUGAGAUUGCUGGGCUGAUUGUAGAACGCAGUACCUCUAAUUUGUAAACCUUAUGCUGAUUAUACAUUGAGAAAAGGGUGCACUGAAUUAGCACAACCCAAUAAUACGAGUACUAUUCUAAGCAUACAUGCACCGUUGUCUUGUUUACCAUUAAAGGAGUCCACCGAUACAUAUAAUAUUUGGGCAUUUAUUGGUUUCCUAGUUAACUCUUAUCACUCGCUAUUCACCCGUAUAUUUUGAUGCAUGUUUCGAUGUUACUGCGUGCAUUAUAACCAAGACGCGCUCUUAUCAUUGUCUAUUCAUAAAGGUAAUAAUAUAUCGAUUAACUUGUAAGCUUAUUUAAUUAACAAUAUACUAUUUAGAUACAUCUGUGAAAGUAGAUAUCAAAAUUUAAAAAAAACAUUCGGCCCUAUUCAAAAGACUGUUCCGUAUACCUAUAAUCAUAAAUACAGCAAACAAAUAUAUAUGUAUUGUGUGUGUUAAGUGAAAAAUAUAAAUUAGCCUUAGAUGUGUAUACUUAUCUUAAAGUGUAACUCCUUUCCUUUGUCAGAUCGAUGUCAAUUUCUCUAAUAGCUGUUAUGAUAAAUGUUGCUUGCUCUAAGGGGGCGAAAAUGAAAAUGAUCCUGUAUCAUCGUCGCAAGCUGCUCGGUUGUCUUCACCUGUCACAAUAGUAUAAUUAACCUGUAUGCCGUUUUGGACAAAGUAAUUUUAUAAAUGUCAUUGCUAAUAAUGCAAAGCCGUUGGGAUUUGAAAUUUUCUAGUCAAUUCUAUAGCUAAAAUAAUUAUUAUUUUACAUUGAAAUUGGUAUGGAUAAUUAAAUUAUAGUUAUGUAUACUUAGUUAUAUAUAUAAAUCUAUAUCGAAAAAAAUAACAGACAUAAAUACCCGACCAAGGUUUACGUGAAUGUUUAUUUAAUACUGUCAAUGAUAUUAAUAAUAAAUUUAAAGUCCAAUUUAAAUUUGCCUUUUUAGGAAAUUUUCACAACUAAAGUGAAAAAGUCAAUACAGUUCAAAUUUUAUCAAUCGAUCUCGGGCUUUAUGAGGAUGUAAAUAAGCAAGAUUACAGGGAUAGGUAAAUUCAUUUCGAAAUACCUUCAAACCAUAUUUGUUUGAUUCAUUUCUGUUCGCGGCUUCGCCCGCGUGUCUUUCCGACUAUAACUAUAGACCCUAAAACACCAUCGCUAUCCAUAGCAUCACCUAAACGGCGCCCGCGCCUCCUAUUGAAAAAAUUAGAAAAAUAAUUAUUUCCUAUGGAGUGAAUUAUUGUGAUAAAGAGUAAUUCGUUCACGAGUAGCUGCGUUUACUUUUAAGAAAUAUCCAAACAUUUUCCCAAAAAUUUGCAUUUAUAAUAUUCCUUAUAAAAAGUAAGAUAAGAUUGCAUCACAAUCAAACAAAUUAUUUAGUUUCCCAUCUCUUUGCUAACCUAGUAAUUGGUUCAUAGGUUUAAUAGCCAAAGUUAGAAUGUUGAAAUAAAUGUUUUUAUAUUUAGACUUUAGGCUGUCUGUAUUCCAAAUUUAAUUCAGAUCGGACCAGCCGUUUGUGAGAAACCGAUAAUAUAGAAAUAUACAAGUUUCAUGAUUUUAAAUAAGAAAACUUACCUGAUAUAAAUUUGUUGUUAGUUAUUUCCCUCAGUGGCAAAACAUUAAUAUUUUAAUGCCGCAUCAGUAUUAUGUGGGAUACGUUUUAAUAUAUUUGUCAGAGCACAGUGUGUAAUGUGACACGGUACUGAAUUGAUAUGACACGGUUGAGGUGUGAGUCCGUUUUCAUUCUCACCCCGCUGGAGCCCUCAAUCCCCAGCUCGUAUAGUUCACUGUUCGUGCAGCGAUUCACAUGAACGUAGGCUUAGUGAGCGCCAAAUGUAAUAUAGAUGUAUCAUUAGCCAGUAGCGAUUGUUCCAAAUGUUAGGCUAUAUUAGAUAACUGUGGAGCUGGCGAAUUCUCUACAUUAACUUUGACACCAUUAUCAGUUCCACUAUCAGCUAAGUGAUGAUGUACGAUCCGUUUAUUAAUACUACUUUUGAAAAACUAAAACACCAGUUACUGGUAACGUAUUGUAGUAACAAAUGACGAGAUGAUAAAGUUAAACAUUUAAAAUAUCUUUUAAGACUUCAUCGUCCACGCAUAAAUCAAUUGAGAUGCGUCAGCUCCGCGCUAGUAUUAGUAGCACUAAAAUUGUCGCAACUGAAUGUUCAGCAUUCAGGCGUCUGCUAUAUUACCUAUGCAUACUUAGUGUUUACAUUUCAAUUUACUUAGAUUAGCUAUACGACUAUUAGUAGCAACGACACGACGGUAAGUUUGUUGUACUGCCUGGCGCGUCACACAAUACUUCGCCGCUGUGUGUCAUUUAAAUCUUUUAAGAUAUGUAUGUACAAAUUUGUUUUAUUGGUGACUUCCCCGGACGCAUAGUUGUUUUGUUUUAUAGUUUCGGUGGCAAAUUAAAACUGUUACCUUCUCGCCGCAAGGGUAUACCAUUUAGAUAUUGUUGGCAUAUGUUCGUUGGCGUUCUUAAAUUAUGGAAAUGUCGCGUUGUAGGGGAGGGAGUGGGCGCAGCGGCGCGCUCUCGGCCGCGGCGGCGGGCCCGUCCGCGGCCGACGCGCCGCUCUCGCUGACGCCCGGGCAAGUCUCGUCGCAAAAACAUGUACAACCAUGUUUUAUAAUAAGUCUCCAAGUGGCCUUGAUACUUCACUAUUAUUUGGUAUUUGGAUUAUCUGAUUCGGUUAAAGUUUGGAACUAGUGUAUAAAAAAGACCAAAAUUAUAAAUCAAAAUUAAAUGCAUUUGCAAUUCAGAUCUAGUGAUGAAACUAUUUGGCUAUCUUUUUUGGAAAUAAAAUUUUAAAACUAGAUGACUAAAAAUUUAAAGUUAUAUAAUGGCCUAUACGUUUCGGAUGAAUUGCGUAAAUUUUGGUAAAUGUUAAUACGCAUAUUUUCUAUUGUAUAAGUCUAGGCUAAUGUGUUCAAAAAGUAAAAUAAAAAUUUAAAAUUUUUGAAAAAGUAGAAAGUGCCUUCCAAAUUUUUGACCACAGUAAGUGUUGGGAUGGGUGCGGCGAUGAUCGGCUGGAUGCGUCCAACGACAGCGGAAGUCAGCAUGCAAGCGGUGGCGGGCCUCCGGGCCGAGUGAUGAAUAGCAACGACUAACUGCACAAACACAGGACACGCCGUGCUGCGUCGCGGUCCGCUGCCGUUGGGACGCACUGAACGUGCUUAACUAUUAAAAGUUAGAAUAAUAAAAAUUCAAAAUUAUUAUAUAAAAAUCAAAUACAUAUGACUAUUAUAUAGAUGAAAAUAUACAUAAUAUUAUAUAUUCGGCCGAUGUGGUAAUACCCUGACAGGCAAGCGUUAGCUGACUAUUCGGCGUCAAAAUUUAUUCUAUAUAUUUCUUGAUACGACAAAAUUUGUUUAGUGAAACAAUGCAGACAUAGUAAGUGCCAUUAGUUUGAACUGAAUAAUUUACGGUUCGUCAUAUAUGUGUAUUACAUAUUUUGUUAUAAUAUCACAAUGUGGAAUCUAUAGUUAUAACGAUUAAUCAUUAAUUUAUUGUACUGGAAACAUAUUGCACAUUUCGGAUUAAAUGUCUAAGUAGGUACCUACCAAAAGCUAACAUGUCGGUAGGUACGUUGUUUUCGAAGUAUUAAGAAAAGGAAACCUUUAUUAUGUUUGUAGUAUUACUGUCACCUACAGAGGCGGUUUUGGUUUGUAAUUUAUGUUAUGAUAUAAUUAAUUAAUUAAUUUAUAACAAUUAUUAUAAUGCUUUAAUGAAAAUCGUGUAAUGUGUACCGGCGAUUCACACGAUGUGUUAUAUCCUGCAUGACAAAUUGUUCUCAUAAUUAAUUUUCUCUCCUUAAUGUAUGUGAUAAAUGUAAUGUUUUAAUAUAAUAUAUUUUAAAUGUUCGUAAUGCGAUAAUAUACUUUCUAAUAUUUGUAACUAUUUAUAUCGUUUAAUUUUAAAUGCGUAUGCCGAGUUGGGCUCAAAUAAAUCGAUACCUACCAGUGUAGCCUGACCGCUAUUACCAAAAACAAAAUAUUUUACUAUAUAUGUAUUAAAAUAAAUUCAUAUGAAACUAAUGACUGUUUAGUUAAGUAGUUAACUCGGUAGGUAUCAAUUCGAUAGUUAAGUAUUACCAUUUGCUUUCGGCUAUGAAAAAGAUCUAUAGAAACAUUAGCUGGUGUUUUUUUUUUACAUUCUGUUCAAUGGGCGACCCCUAGUGAUCUGGUUCUGAUACAUUACUAUACAAAUCAAUCCAAACAAUAGUUUACAACUUAUAACAUUAAUUCAACUUUUGUAAGUUAUAUUUAAGUGUAAGCAGUUUCCAUUCAUGAAAAUAACCCAAUCAUUAAUCAAAAUAAUAUCGAUACACAUAUAUUAGUUUAUAAUGAUAAUAGUUUUGUAGUAGGGGUCGCACAAUCAAACCAAGGCAAUUAAAUAUUAAGUAGCAUACAAAAAAUAGUGAUUACACUUUUUAAUUUUAUCGUAUUUGUAUUAUAUAAAUGUUAGUUCACGAUAAAGUUACAAUUAUUGUUUUAGAAGCACAUUAUCUCGCGCGCCUAUUGUAGUUAAUGUAGUCUUUCAAUAUCAGGCCCUUUUAGGACGUACAACCUCUAGAUCCACGAUUACCGGACAUUUCGUGAUCUCUAUAUUAACACAGAUAUUCGACAGUCUAAGAAUGGAAACGAAUGAAGUGAAAUUACAUGAUAUUGUCACUGUUUAUAUAUUGAAGUUUCUGUCCUAAAUGGGUGUGAUGUGUAUGGACUAAGCCCGCUGUUUACAUAAAGCAUGGCCGAAGCGCGCGAGACCUGCCUCUUUAUUGAUUUAUAUUGUUGUUAAGAUUUUUUUAGCCCCCGAUUUGCGUUUCUACUAAUUAUUUUCUGAUACUCAAAAUUAGUCAUUACAGUUUUAAUUUGUUCUAUCUUUCAGUUUUUACAUUGUUGGAGUAAGGCAACCACUCGCUGUGCCAAAAAAACAACUGUUUUUUUUUACUUUGCACGUCAUGGGUCUAAGAGCGGUUUAGACACAAAUAUAAUGUGGUUACUAGCUUCAACAAAUGUUUCCAGUGUUGUAGCGAAAUACAAGCCAGUGUUAUGUUAAGUACAAUUGGUGUAAUUUGAUCCGUUUAAAGAAAAUGUUAGUUUAUCAUAGUCUGCAGUAAUCAUAUAACAUUAAAUGUUCGUUGUCUAAAUAAAAUUAUUACAUGUAGUACCUAUCUGUCUCAAGUAAAUAUUAUCUACCUAUUUAAGUUUGUUAUUGUCACAUUGUCGGAAUGAAAUAUAUUAAUAUACAAAUAGUGUAAAAA